GGGAAAGCCUCGGAUUUAGGGGGCUUCUUUUUACUCUAAAAACUUAGAUACCUACGUAAUUAGAUACUAAACUUUGAAUUAUUGUCUCCUUCAAGAGAGUUCAACCUUUGCUCAAUUGCUCUUGACGACGCUGCUUGCUUGUACCUCAAGCUCAAAGGUUCAAUCAUGAACAGAGGACGAUGGAGAGAGAGCUCCAAUGAAGCAGAUGGUGAUCAUGGCUAUGUUGAAACCGACCCAUCUGGUCGUUAUGCUCGUUUCGAAGAAGUUCUUGGAAAAGGUGCAAUGAAAACUGUGUACAGGGCAAUUGAUGAGGUGCUUGGAAUGGAAGUGGCAUGGAGUCAGGUCAAACUCCAUGACUUGCUCCGGUCACCGGAGGACUUGCAGCGGCUGUACUCAGAGGUUCACCUCCUCAGCACCCUCAAUCAUGACUCGAUUAUGUGGUUCUACACGUCUUGGAUCGAUGUUGAUCAGAGAACCUUCAAUUUUAUCACUGAGAUGUUCACUUCCGGCACCCUGAGAGAAUACAGGAAAAAAUAUAAGAAAGUGGACAUUCGUGCUAUUAAGGUUUGGGCCAGGCAAAUCCUAGAAGGCCUUGUUUACCUGCAUGACAAUGAUCCUCCAGUAAUCCACAGAGACCUUAAGUGUGAUAACAUCUUCGUCAAUGGCCAUCUUGGACAAGUGAAGAUUGGUGAUCUUGGACUGGCAGCAAUUCUCCGCGGGUCUCGCAUAGCUCACAGUGUUAUAGGUACCCCAGAGUUCAUGGCGCCAGAGUUGUAUGAAGAAAAUUACAAUGAACUGGUUGAUGUAUACUCAUUCGGCAUGUGUGUUUUAGAGAUGCUUACUUCUGAAUAUCCAUACAGUGAAUGUGCCAACCCGGCACAAAUAUACAAGAAAGUGACAUCGGGUAAGCGACCAAGGGCAUUCUACAAAGUUCAAGAUUUGGAAGCACAAAGGUUCAUAGGAAUCUGCUUAGAAACUGCUUCAAAGAGAUUAUCAGCGAAAGAACUAAUGGAUGACCCAUUUCUUGCCCUUGACGAUGAUGAGCGACACCGAAAGCUUGCACCACAAAAGCCAUUCUUGAAUGACACUGUAGGGGUUGACGAUCUACGGCUGAAUCGGAAUCCACCAAGGACCAACAUGACUAUAACAGGAAAGUUGAAUCCUGAAGAUGACACAAUCUUUCUGAAAGUGCAGAUUGCUGAUAAAGAAGGACCGGCAAGGAAUGUUUAUUUUCCUUUUGACAUUGUAAGUGACACCCCUGUCGAUGUUGCAAAUGAAAUGGUGAAGGAAUUAGAGAUUUCCGACUGGGAGCCAUCUGAAAUUGCAGACAUGAUCGAUGGAGAGAUAUCUGGACUAGUACCACAUUGGAAAUGGGGCCAUUCUCAGUUAGCUCACUGUAAUUUUCUUGAAGAUGAUGAAGAUCAUUUCUACUCUUUCUCAUCUUCUUCAUCAUCCCCAGUGUCGUUCUCAGGCCUGGUCACUUCUCAGGGGACCGAUGCAAGGACUCAUUCUGGUGAUUGGCUCCAAGGAAGACAUGUAAUGUUGAUUAGGACUGGGAAACAAACAAGCAUGUUUUGGUCUAAGAGAGGUGAUAAUCAUAAGAACAUAAAUUGUAAUCCGCUGAGAGUGGAUUAUUUUGACCUUCAUGGUGGACAUGGACACUAUGAAAUCAAUUAAUAGGUCAUUCUAUUUCUUCAUUUCUUUCUGUUUGCUCUGUUUCCGUUGAUUAUAUUCCAGGUUCUAGUUGAUUAAGUACAUGGUUUAUUAGUGUAUUAUCACAAUUAUCACAACAUAACUGGCAACAUCUGUUGUUGCAGAUGACUUGUUUGAUGACACUAGCUCUCAGAGCUCUUUACUCUCGGGAUAUUCCAAUGUAAAUUAUCAUUCUGGUGAUGACCAUGACCCCAAAAUAAGCCCUCGAAAACAAAAUAAGCAUGCCGUUGCAAAUACCUACAACUCUACAAGAUUCUGCCCAGGAGAGAGUUCAAGCAGUGGGCAAUCCAUGUCUAGGAAUUGUUUUAACUAUUGCAAACCUAUUCAGGAAUCUCAAGCAGCUUCUACUUCUAAAGAAAAACGCACUAUGACCACACUGCAGUUAACAAGGAACCGAUCCUUAGUAGAUAGGCGUAGCCAGUUGCUGCAUCGGUCGUUGGUGGAGGAGGUGAACAAGAGACGGUUGUUCAAGACGGUUGGUGCUGUGGAACAUAUCGGGUUUCAGGUACCUUGUGAAGUUUCCAGCAACAUGUCACGGCCAGUGGUUGGUGCUUGUUAUGUUAGAACAAGUGAUUGUAAAAAGCAUGGACAAAAAGGCCGAAGAUUCUAAAUUCUCCUUAUGAAUUUGUUAGUUGGUCAGAAGAAUGUAAUAUAUGUAUAGUUCAGAAAUAAUUGCAAAAUGGGUGUAAACAUAAAUAAAUGGUUGUGCGGUGUUAUGAUAUAUUGCCUGCUUGUAGUAGAC